CGCAGUUCGAGCGGGGUUUGGUUUGUGUUUACAGCAGCACUGUUGCUGGCUAAUGUUCAGCGCUGUUAUGUCAAGCCUCUCUGGAAUAAAAAGCUUUUGUGGAAACAGGUAAUUUUGCUCAUUAAACCGCCAUUCAUGAGCGCGUCUGGCUUGAUUUAGCAGUCAUGGAUGACAAGGCCUCGGUGGGGAAAAUUAGCGUGUCCUCCGACUCUGUGUCCACCCUCAACAGUGAGGACUUUGUCCUGGUGUCCCGCCUGGGGGAUGACACCCCCUCCACUAAUAAUGGUAGCGAUGAUGAAAAGACAGGACUGAAGGUGAUUUCUGAGGAAGGGGUCAGCUUUAAGAUCGUGGGGAACGGCAGUGAGCAGGAGUUACAGCAGGAGCUGGAAGAUGUGCUGAUGGACCCUUCGGUUACUGAACUGGUGGGCGGACCGGACCAACUGAUAGGGGGUGACCACGGCUAUCCCACUACAGCUGCGCCAUCACGGUCCGGCCCAAUGCCCCCUAAACUUCAGAUAGUGCUGCCCGUUCAGGGAGCUCAGGAGAGCGAACUCAACGAGAGAUCUUACAGGGAUGAGCCCUCUGACUCGAGUCCUGGUACCCCUGUCCCGGACGAGGACAGCGUGGUGUUCAGUAAGCUGACGUAUUUAGGCUGCGCAUCAGUGAACGCCCCGCGCAGUGAAGUGGAGGCCCUGCGUAUGGUCAGCAUCCUCCGCAGCCAGUGCCAGAUGCCCCUGGACGUCACCCUCUCCGUGCCCGGAGUCUCAGAGGGCACCGUCAGGCUGCUGGACCCUCAGACCAGCACUGAGAUUGCCAACUACCCCAUUUAUAAGAUCCUCUUUUGUGUCCGCGGACAUGACGGCACGCCGGAGAGCGACUGCUUCGCCUUCACCGAGAGCCACUACAACUCCGAGAUCUUCCGCAUCCACGUCUUCCGCUGUGAGAUCCAGGAGGCGGUCAGCCGGAUACUCUACAGCUUUGCCACAGCUUUCCGCCGAUCAGCCAAUAAAGCGCCACUCUCAGCCAAGGGUCCGCCCCUUACGCCAGACAGCGAUGUCUUCACCUUCACCGUCAGUCUGGAGAUCAAAGAGGAUGAUGGGAAGGGCACGUUUAGUGCCGUAUCAAAGGACAAGGACAGACAGAGCUUUAAACUGCGGCCAGGCAUGGACAAGAAGAUUGUGAUCUACGUUCAGCAGACGUCCAACAAAGAGUUGGCAAUCGAGAGGUGUUUUGGUCUGCUCUUGAGCCCGGGGAAGAACGUAAAGAACAGUGAUAUGCACCUGCUCGACCUGGAAUCAAUGGGCAAGAGUUCUGAUGGGAAGUCUUACAUCAUCACAGGGAGCUGGAAUCCCAACACUCCUCAGUUUCAGGCCGUGAAUGAGGAGACGCCUAAAGAUAAGUUCAUGUACAUGACGACGGCGGUGGACCUGGUGAUCACAGAGGUGGAGGAGCCCGUGAGGUUCCUGCUGGAGACACGGGUUCGAGUCUGCUCACCCAACGAGAGGCUCUUCUGGCCCUUCAGCAAACGCAGUUACACCGAGACCUACUAUCUCAAACUCAGACAGAUGGAGAACAAGGAGAGGAAGAGUAACUCCGACACGCUGUAUGAAGUGGUGAGUCUAGAGAGCGAGGCGGAGAGAGAGAGGAGGAAGACCACGGCGAGCCCCGGCAUCCUGACGGCCGGCUCUACGGUGCCCUCCCCUCCUGAGGAUGAUGAGGAGGAAGAUAACGAUGAGCCGUUAUUGAGUGGAUCUGGAGACGUGUCUAAGGAAUGUGGCGAGAAAAUUCUGGAAACUUGGGGAGAUUUACUGUCUAAAUGGCAUCUGAACUUGGCUGUGCGACCCAAACAGCUGCCGGCGCUGGUCCGCAGUGGUGUCCCGGAGGCCUUGAGAGGGGAAGUGUGGCAGCUACUGGCUGGAUGUCAUAACAAUGACCAUCUGGUGGAGGAGUACCGUACACUUAUCACUAAGGAAUCUCCACAGGACAGUGCCAUCACUCGUGACAUUAACCGUACGUUUCCUGCACACGACUACUUCAAAGACACCGGCGGUGACGGGCAGGACUCUCUCUAUAAGAUCUGUAAGGCAUACUCUGUAUAUGAUGAAGAAAUUGGUUACUGCCAAGGGCAGUCUUUCCUUGCCGCUGUGCUGCUACUACAUAUGCCAGAGGAGCAGGCGUUCAGCGUGCUGGUCAAGAUCAUGUUUGAAUACGGUCUCAGGGAGCUCUUCAAGCAGAACUUUGAAGACCUGCACUGCAAGUUCUUCCAGCUGGAGAGACUCAUGCAGGAAUGCAUUCCAGACCUGUACGCACACUUCCUGAACCUGGGUUUGGAAGCACACAUGUAUGCCUCCCAGUGGUUCCUCACACUCUUCACAGCCAAAUUCCCUCUUUACAUGGUCUUUCACAUCAUAGACCUUCUGCUCUGUGAGGGCAUCAGUGUAAUUUUCAAUGUGGCUCUUGCGUUAUUGAAGACGUCUAAAGAUGACCUGAUACAGGCAGACUUUGAGGGCGCGCUGAAGUUCUUUCGAGUGCCAGUGCCCAAGCGCUAUCGCUCUGAGGAGAACGCCAAGAAGCUCAUGGAGCUAGCGUGCGGUAUGAAGAUCAGUCAGAAGAAGCUGAAGAAGUAUGAGAAAGAAUACCACACCAUUCGAGAGCAACAGGAGCAGCAGGAGGCGCCCAUCGAUAGAUAUGAGAGAGAAAACCGGCGGCUACAGGACGCUAACAUGCGCUUGGAACAGGAAAAUGACGAUUUGGCUCACGAGCUGGUCAGCAGUAAGAUCGCCCUGAGGAAAGACCUGGACAACGCUGAGGAGAAAGCUGACGCGCUCAACAAAGAGCUUCUCAUCACUAAGCAGAAACUGGUGGACUCUGAAGAUGAGAAGAGGCGAUUGGAGGAAGAGUCUGCACAGCUGAAGGAGAUGUGUCGGAGAGAACUGGAUAAAUCUGAGUCUGAGAUCAAGAAGAAUGGCUCCAUCAUUGGAGAAUACAAACAGAUCUGCUCUCAGCUCAGCGAGCGACUGGAGAAACAGCAGACGGCCAACAGAGGAGAGAUAGAGAAGAUCCGGAUGAAGGUGGAGGGCUGUGAGAAGUGCAGUAGUCUCUUCAGUAAGGAGGGUCGUCUGAAGGCUCUCAGCGCUCCUAAGGAAGGCAGUGAGGAGGACAUGGACGAGGAGAAGGAGGCGCUGAAGAACCAGCUGAGAGAGAUGGAGCUGGAGCUCGCACAGACCAAACUACAGCUGGUGGAGGCCGAGUGCAAGAUACAGGAUCUGGAGCAUCAUCUGGGUCUGGCUCUAAACGAGGUCCAAGCAGCCAAAAAGACGUGGUUCAACAGGACGUUAACCUCCAUCAAGACUGUGACAGGAGCUCAGGGCAAAGAGAGCGUCUAAC